AUGGAUUACGCAGACAAAGAGUAUUACAUGCAGGUGGAGAGACUGAAGAAUGCCCAUGAUGAGAACAUGGAACAGCUGGAGAAAAUGUACAAAAACAAACUUAACCUGAAAGGAGUCCACAGUGGUGAACCUGUUGUGAAAGGCACUCGUAGAAUUUUAAGGCCAACAUGGGAGCAGAGACCUUCUCAGCCAAAUGGAUUGAACUGUUCUUUAUUAAAACCCGAAUUUAAUUGGAAUGUCUCCUCUGGUGUAUCAGAAGCAUCUUUUGAGGAGCAGUCUGAUGGAGAAGACAGCUGUGACACACAAGAUUCUACUUCUGCCAAAGAGAAAAUCCUUCAAAUGUGGAAUGGAUUCAAUGUCCAGGAUUAUAUUAGGGACACAACAUUCGAUAAGCAAAAGUUAAAAUGUAAAACUGACAAAAGCAAGUCAAAAGAAUGGUCUCAUAGAGUUACCAUUCCAGAACCUUUUGAAAUGACUAUUAGAGAGUCUAAGAAAAAGGAGAUGAAUGCUAAGUCCAAAUCAGAGAUUGAGUUGGAGAACAAUUUGCUAAAGAAAUUGCUUGAGGAAGAAGCUGAAUGUCAAAAGAAGUUCAGAGCAAACCCAGUUCCAGCUUCUGUCUACCUUCCCCUCUACCAUGAGAUAAUGGAAAGGAAUGAAGAGAGACGCAGAUUUGUAAAAGAAAGAAGCAAGGAGAUUCUUUCAGCAUCUCAGAAACCAUUUCAGUUCACUGAAAGAGAAGAGCGCAAGAAACAAUUUAGGAAGAUGCAACUUGAUGAUUUCGAAGAGUCAGUCGAUCAUUGUAAACACUUCAAAGCAAGACCAGUCCCAAAAUCUAUAUAUGGGACCUCUGUUAAUGAGAAACUUAAGGAAGAAGAGCUAUAUCGGGGAAUUAGGAUACAUAUGAGGUCCCAGGAACUCUUACGUGCCUCCUCUUAUCCUACCACUACGCUGGCUUCUAGAAGUAGCAUGAAAAGGUGCAAAGAAAGAUGUUCUGAACCAGUAGAAGAACCAAAGACCAGGCCUAGGAUAAAUACCCAGAUACCGAAUUUUCAGGUUGUGCAUCAAAAGAACCAGAAACAUCUUGUAAAAAAUAAAAAUACCAAACACGUGACCAUCUGUGACCCUUUUCACCUACGUACUGAUAAUAUUCCAUCUCGUAGGGAAAAAAUUCUCAAGGACAUUGAAGCAGAUGAAGAACACUUAAAGGAGACCCGUUGGCCAUUUAAGUCUCCUAGGAGCCAGCCACGAAAAAAUUCUUUGAUCGUAUCUCCGUGUGAUGAGGCUCAUGUUGUAAGUCCAAGAUCCACAGAAUCCUCUAAAAGAAGAGAACAGGCCAUUAGGAGAAGUGAAAAACAGAGGCUGGAAGAGUACUUUGAAGAGUUGGACGCAAUGAAAGACCGAGUCUCCCAGACGCCACUCUUACUGGAGAGGGUUCAAAAGGUUUGUAUUGACUGUUUUUUGCAGUGGGCCUAA